GGGAGAUUUUAAAACCAGUGACGGUUUUCUUUUGAAACUGAGGGAGGCAUUCCAUUCACAUUUGAGUCCACCCGUGUCCGUUUAUACGUCUUCAGGUGUGUUUUGGGGCAUUUAUGAGAGAUGUAUUAGUUUGCCUUCCGAUUUAAGGUUGGACAGGUCAAUUACUAUUACAAAGAACAAUGGCAGAGGAGUCGGCUGUAAAAGUAUGUGUUCGGGUCCGUCCACUUAUUCCACGGGAAGACAGUGCUGCAUCGGAGAAUGCAGAGCCGGUCCAUUAUUUUUGGAAAGCUGAUACAAAAUCAAUUUAUCAGAGCGAUGAUGGGAAUUCCAGUAAAAGCUUUAGUUUUGAUCGAGUGUUUACUGCAGAAGAAACGACCAAUCAGCUGUACCAAGCCAUUGCUAAACCUCUUGUUGUUUCCUCUGUUCAGGGAUACAAUGGUACCAUAUUUGCUUAUGGACAGACUUCUUCCGGAAAGACUUUUACUAUGAUGGGGAGUGACCGUUUUCCUGGAGUGUUACCGAUGGCUGUGGAAGAUGUCUUCCAAACCAUUAACAGUUGUCCAAAGAAGGAGUUCCUUCUUCGAGUUUCUUACAUGGAAAUCUACAACGAGACUGUGAGAGAUCUGCUCGUUGAUAGCUGGAAGAGAAAACCUCUGGAAGUCCGAGAGACAAUUAAUAAAACCAUCUAUGUGGCUGACCUGACGGAGGAACUGGUCACAUCUCAUGCACAAGUCUUGGCCUGGAUCCGGAAAGGAGAACAGAACCGUCACUAUGGAAAGACAAAAAUGAAUGAGAGGAGCAGUCGAUCACACACAAUUUUCCGAAUGAUCCUGGAAAACAGAGAAAGGAGUGACCCAGCAUCUGGUGAAAAUGCUGAUGGAGCCAUUAUUGUGUCUCAUUUGAAUUUAGUCGAUCUAGCUGGAUCUGAGAGAGCCAGUCAAACAGGAGCUGAAGGCGCACGCUUCAAAGAAGGUUGCAAUAUCAACCGCAGCCUGUUCACACUGGGCCAAGUGAUCAAGAGGCUGACUGAUGAAGGCCAGAAGGGUUUCACAAACUACAGGGACAGUAAGCUCACCCGCAUCCUGCAGAAUUCGUUGGGCGGGAAUGCUAAAACAGUCAUCAUCUGCACCAUCACUCCGGUCAGUCUGGAGGAGACCCUCAGCACUCUGCAGUUUGCCAGCACUGCAAAGAAAAUGAAGAACGACCCUCAUGUGACAGAGGUGUCCGAUGAAGGGGCCCUGCUCAAAAGGUAUCGCAAUGAAAUUGAAGACCUGAAGCGUCAACUUCAAGAGGUGUCUUCAGUCACACAGAGUACGGCCAAGGAGAAGAAAUCUCUCUCCCAGGGGCUCCAAGUGAAGGAUCAGCUGCAGACAGAGCAAGAGGACCGCAUCAGAAACCUGACCAAACUGCUUGUCACCAGCUCAAACCUGGUUCCUUUACAAAAGGUGCCCAAACGCAGAGAAACUUGGGGAGGGAAGAUGCAAGGACUUGCCCGUACGUCUCUAUGUGAUUCUUUCACUGGGAAUAGAAAAGGCGACCUCUCCUGUCUGAGUGAGCUGUGUGAAUCUGGUAAGGACUUUGAUGCUCCCUGGGGGAUUCCUGAUGAGCCUUCAGAUGAAAUGGACAUGAAUCAGACUUCUGUGACUGUCCGAAGCUUUGCAGACAGCCCCAAAGACUUUGUGUCUCCAGCCCGUAUGCACGAGCUUUCUGGGAGAGUCUCCUUCUUAAUGAUGCAGCUGGAGAUGGAGGCCCAACAGAAAAAAGAUGCCCUCGACAAAUUACAGUCAACAGAACUGAGGGCAGCGCAGCUGGAGCUGGAGCUGCAGAUGGAGGCCGAACAGAAAGUAAAGGCCCUGGAACAGGUGGAGAUUUUGGGCGGCAGAUUGGCAGACAUUGGGAGUCACAAUGAGGACCAGAGCAACACUCAGAUGAAAAAAAAGUUUGCCGAGACGAUCCAUCUGUGUGAAAGCCUGUCUACAGAGAUGGACAAGGUGCUUCUUGAACGGAAAUAUCUGAAGAAUGAGCUGGGGAUGUUCCUUGAGCAAAUAAAAAUACUGGAUAAGGAGAAAGCGUCUCUCUCUCAGGAACUGGAGGAGAAGAGAGAGGUGGACGAGUUCAAGGCUCUAGAGGACGAGUGCAGGAAAGACCAAGAGAAUGAGUUGCAAAAUGAAAUGGCCAACUUGAAGAAGACUGUUGAAGCCUCUGAGCUUCAGUGUCUGGAUCUGCAGAACAAACUGCAAACUCUGACUGUUGAGCUGAAGAAGAAAACUGAAUUUGCACUGGAACUUCAGAGUAUGAGCGGUAAGGACCUAGUGCAGGAGGUGGAGAAGCUGCAACGCUCUCUGGGUGACGCUGAGGGCCUCAGCAGGGAUACAAAGAAGGAGUGGGCUGUCCUGCGCAGUGAACACAUGGCUGUGGAGGAGAUGAAUCUGAUUCUGAGUGCCAACCAUGAGAAGAUGGAAGCUGAGGUGAGAAGCCUGCGCUGUGAACUCGACACAGAGAAGACGCGCUUCAGAAAGAUGCAGAGCGAUCUCCAAAAAGAGCUGAAUGUGGUAUUUGGCGAGAACACAAAGCUCACCUCACUGCUGGAUGGAAAAGUACCACAAAAUCUGAUAGACAGCAUGGAGCUUGAAAGGAGAGUGGCCCAGCUGAGCAGAGAGCUGACGGUGUCUCAGGAAGCAGAGGGAGCGCUCAAAGCUGAGCUGGCCUCUUUCCAGACUCUUCCAGAGAAGUUGGACAGUCUGAUGAAGCAGCUGGAUGAGCUGUCUGAAGAGCUGCAGAGUGUGCGUGCUGAGAAAGAGACUCUCCUGUCUGAGCAGAGUGCUGCUGCUCAGAGUUCUGCAGAGGAGAUGGAGAAGCUGCUCUCUGCAGUCACAUCUCUCACUGCAGAGAGAGACCAGCUCCAGGGAGACCUUCGGGAAAAUGUAGACAUGGCUGCUGAGACACAAAUUAUUCUACAGUCUCUUCAAGACGAGAUGCAGCAGCAGAGGACCAAGCACUCAGAUCUGGUGAAACUCUACGAGCAGAAGGAUUCUGAUUUAGGGGAACAUAUGCCGAGUCUGUCACAGGAACUUGAGAGUGUGCGUGCUGAGAAAGAGACUCUCCUGUCUGAGCAGAGUGCUGCUGCUCAGAGUUCUGCAGAGGAGAUGGAGAAGCUGCUCUCUGCAGUCACAUCUCUCACUGCAGAGAGAGACCAGCUCCAGGGAGACCUUCGGGAAAAUGUAGACAUGACGAUUGAGAAUCAGGAGGAGCUGAGGACAGCCCUGGAGAAGAACCGCCAACAGAGGGAGACGAUCAAACGGCUGGAGAAUGCACAGACAUCCCAACAGGAAGCUCCUCCCAACGAGACCAGUGCACAGACAGAGGAGCUGCAAACACUUAUGAUGGAGAACCAGGAAGAGCUGAGGGUGUCUCAGGAGAAGGUGGGAGUUCUCCAAGAUGAGAUCAGCGCACUGAAGAGUCAGAUGGCAGAGCUGGAGAGCAGAGCGAGUGAUGCAGAGAUUACCCUCCAGCUGCAGGAGCUGCACAAUCAGAUUCAGACACUGUCUGAGGAGCUUGAGAGUGUGCGAGUAGAGAGAGACGCUCUGCUGUCUGAGAGGACGCCCGACACUCACAGUGAGGAGAUGGAGACGCUGCAGUGCAGCGUGACGUCUCUCAGUGAGGAGAGAGACCAGCUGCAGGAGAUCCUGGAGGGACUGAGGCAGGAGAAGCAGCAGCUCAGAGACCAGCUGGAGGACAGGAUGGAGGUGGUUGCCCAAGCCCAAUGUGAGUUUAACCAGCCAGAAAUACUGACCUCAGAACUGCAUGUUGAGGAAGUAACCAACCUUCAGAAAGAGAUAAAGCAACUGCAGGAUACUUUACAGACUGUCAGUGAGCAGAAGAGCCUGCUCGAAGUCGACCUGCAGCGUAAUAUGGAAAAGGUGAAGGCUACAGAGACUGAGAGCCUUCUACAAUCACUUGAACAACAACUUGAAGAGCACAAUCAGAGAAACAUCGACCUGGAAACACUAAGCCUCGAGCAGCAAGCUCAGCUACAACAACAGGUUGAAGAAACUCUGCGCGGUCUUCAUUCUCUUCAAGAGGAGCUCCAAGAGCAGAAGCAGCAUAGCUCUGAGCACCUGAAGCUCUGUGAGCAGAAGGAAUCUGAGUUGGAUCAACAGAUCAAGUAUCUGAAGGAGCAGCUUGAGGGUGUCCGUGCAGAAAGAGAUGCGCCGUUUGUGAAGGAGAGCAGCGGUCAGAGCUCCACAGAGGAGAUGGAGAAGCUGCAGAGCAGAGUGACGUCUCUCAGUGAAGACAGACACCAGCUGCAGGAGACCCUGGAGGGGCUGAGGCAGGAGAAGCAGCAGCUCAGAGACCAGCUGGAGGACAGGAUGGUGAUGAUGCAGUGUGAUUUACAGCAGCAGCUCAGCUCUGAGCCUCAGUCGCUGAAAGAAGAGCAGGAGGCUCAACAACUUCUGCAGAUCCAACAGCUGGAAGAGCAUCUGGAGAAAACCAAGGAGGAAGGGAGCCAGUUGAAGUUUGACCUUCAAGAAAACAUAGAACUGAUGAUGGAGAACCAGGAAGAGCUGAGGGUGUCUCAGGAGAAGGUGGGAGUUCUCCAAGAUGAGAUCAGCGCACUGAAGAGUCAGAAGGCAGAGCUGGAGAGCAGAGCGAGUGAUGCAGAGAUUACCCUCCAGCUGCAGGAGCUGCACAAUCAGAUUCAGACGCUGUCUGAGGAGCCUGUGAGCUUGCGAGCAGAGAGAGACGCUCUGCUCUCUGAGAAGGAGACCAGCGGUCAGAGCUCCACAGAGGAGAUGGAGAAGCUGCAGAGCAGAGUGACGUCUCUCAGUGAGGACAGACACCAGCUGCAGGAGACCCUGGAGGGGCUGAGGCAGGAGAAGCAGCAGCUCAGAGACCAGCUGGAGGACAGGAUGGUGAUGGUAAACACUGAGAUGGCAACUCUCAAUAUGUCUCUACAAGUUGUCAUUGAGCAGAAGAGGAAGCUGGAAGAUGAUCUACAGCAGAACAUGACUAUGGCUUCCACAACACAAGAGCUUCUGAAGACCGUCCAAGAGAAGCUGUGUGAGCAGCAGCAGAUGAAUUCUGAGCUGGACAAACUGUGUCAGCAGAAGGAGAGCUCUUUAGAUCAACAGAAGAAGACUCUAACUGAGAAACUGGAGAGCAUUGAAGCAGAGAGAGACGCUCUGCUCUCUGAGAAGGAGAACAGCGGUCAGAGCUCCACAGAGGAGAUGGAGAAGCUGCAGAGCAGAGUGACGUCUCUCAGUGAGGACAGACACCAGCUGCAGGAGACCCUGGAGGGGCUGAGGCAGGAGAAGCAGCAGCUCAGAGACCAGCUGGAGGACAGGAUGGUGAUGGUAAACACUGAGAUGGCAACUCUCAAUAUGUCUCUACAAGUUGUCAUUGAGCAGAAGAGGAAGCUGGAAGAUGAUCUACAGCAGAACAUGACUAUGGCUUCCACAACACAAGAGCUUCUGAAGACCGUCCAAGAGAAGCUGUGUGAGCAGCAGCAGAUGAAUUCUGAGCUGGACAAACUGUGUCAGCAGAAGGAGAGCUCUUUAGAUCAACAGAAGAAGACUCUAACUGAGAAACUGGAGAGCAUUGAAGCAGAGAGAGACGCUCUGCUCUCUGAGAAGGAGAACAGCGGUCAGAGCUCCACAGAGGAGAUGGAGAAGCUGCAGAGCAGAGUGACGUCUCUCAGUGAGGACAGACACCAGCUGCAGGAGACCCUGGAGGGGCUGAGGCAGGAGAAGCAGCAGCUCGGAGACCAGCUGGAGGACAGGAUGGUGAUGGUCUCAGCCACCAAGAAAAUGCUGAGCGAGCAGGAACAGCUGAACUCUCAGCUGAGAGAGCAGGCUGAGAGAAGAGAACAAGAGACCCAGCUGCAACAAAGGUUGCUCAGUGAUGCAAUCACAACCAUGUCUGUGCCCAGAGAGCAGCUGAGCAGUCUGGAUCAGAGCAGCAGUAGAGUGAAGGAGACGAUGACCUUACAGCUACAGGAGUCUACUGAACAGCUGCAGGAGUCCUUUGGAAAAUUCCAGCACUUUAUCGAUGCCUGUUCCAAGUAUAACGCCACAGGCCCAGUCACGGUUGGGUGUUCCCGGCUUUCUCUGACCAAAGCAGCCAUGAAGACUUACAGCUGUGUGUGUCUUCUGCAGCAGCAGACAGCUCAGUGUCUGAGCAACACUAUGGAGCACCUAAAGUUGCAAGCACAGAGCUACAUGAAGGUGUUUAAGGAGCUGGUGAGGAAGGAUCUAGCCGUUUUUGAGGAGAGGCGUGCGCUGGACGAGCUGCUGUGCAGAGCAAAGGCACAGAGCAGCGUGAAGGACAAGGAUUUCCACUCCCUAUGGGACAACCAACUGACUGAGCUGCUGGACAAGAGGCAGCUCUACCUGCAGAAAAUGUCCAGCAUUUUGGGGAAGCUCUGGGCCUGCAUCGCUUCUUACCCCAGUGAGCUGUCUACUGAUAACAGUGACAGGGAGUGCUUCAAGGAGAAGCUGCAGUCAGUUUUCUCCAAGCCAAUGAACUUCAUCCUGCUGGACAGCAUCCUGACCACCAAGCUGGUAUAUUUAUCUGAGCUUGUACACAGGAGGAGGAUGACUCUGGAGGGCAUCGUGGAUGAGCAGGACAGUCUGUUGGGAGGUCUGAAGCUGCUGGAGGCUCAGGCUGAAGCUCAGCUGACAGAGGAGAUGAGCAAGAUCACCUGCCUGCUUGUGCUCCAGCUAAAGCAAACCGAAGACAAAGUCAAAGCUCUGAAUGAGCAGCUACAGGAGGCUCAGGUCAAAGCCGGCCACAGGGUGUCCAGCCACAAGCAGGCCACCCAGCUGCUGCAGACGGAGCUGCAGGACAGCCUCGCGCAGGUGGAGGAGAGGGAGCACGCAAUCCAAACCCUCAGGAGCAAACUACGAGAGUCUGAGAGUAAGGCACCACCCAGUGCUGUGGAGCUGGAGAAACUCCGCUCUGAGCUGUUCAAAAUGGAGGUGGAGUUGACGUCAGCGUCCGACAAACACAAACAAGAGAUCCAGAUGAUGAACACAGUGCUGAAGGACAAGGAACACUCCCUGAGGAAGCUGAAGGAGACGUUGAGGAAGUCACAGCAGCAAGGGGAGGAGUCAUUCCUGCAGGGUGAGGACCUUCAUGCCAGACUGACCAACUCCAGAGGACUGGUGAAGACUAAACUGGAGGAAGAAGUCAAACAGCUCCGACUGAAAAUAACCGAGCUGGAAAGCCUGGUGUCCAGUCAGCAAGCAGAGAUAAGCAAGUGGAAGAGCAGAGCCUUCAAGCUGAAGGAGAGGGUCCAGAGGGAGGUGGUCAAGCCUUCAUCACCCAGCACUCCCACCAAGAGGGGCUAUCCCAUGGCCUCAGACUGCUCCAACUUCUUCAGCUCACCCAAGAAGUUCAAGGUUACUCCUAGGAAGGUCCUGGAUUCUCCCAGGAAAGUUCUAGAUUCUCCAAGGAAGCUGCUCGACUCUCCGAAGGUCUCUGCGCUCGACUCCCCCAAAAGCAGAUUCUUUGAUGUUGGUGGAAACUCUGAGCUGCUGUCCAGAAGCCGUCCAACACAGUUCUUUGAUAACUCCAGCCUAGGAACCACUCCAGCUUCAGGGGCAGACCGAAGAGAGGAUAUGUGGCCUAAGUCUCCAAAGCAAGAGGACAUGUGUAAUAGCCAGUAACAUUUUUGUGUGUAAUAUUUUUUUGAAAAUCUUUCUUUUUAAAUGUUUCUAGAUGUGGUUUUGAAAUGUUUUUUCUAUUGUUUGACUAUUAAAGUUUUUGUACAUAAAGAAAA